AUGUGCAGGCAUAAAUCAAAGUCUUAUGGAGUUCUUUUCGUGUUGUUUGCUUUCGCGUCUGCCUGGGAUCCGGUUGUUGAUUGUCCCGAUGGCGAGAAACGUGCUGAGGUUCAGCCAAUCAAGGUCGUAGACGGCUCAAUCACAUUUGACACAACAUUAGCCAGUACAAUUUUGAUACCCCAUGAAGCAUCAUAUGUUACCACUGCUGUUUUCGGCCUCGGUCCUCCUUCAACGUACACAAUUCCACCGCAGGGAACACCACCAGUUGGGACUGUCAUCAAGAGAACUCCCCUAACCACAAUCACUUCAAUCAUCUCGUCUUUGACAACUGCGCGGACCCGGACACUGACCCCAGAUCAUCCUGGUGAUCCCACCACUAUAAUUGUCGAAGAGCCUGAGUACAGAACUCGAACAGAAGGCGUUGAAGUUGAUCACACAAGGACCGUCCAAGUGGGCGAUUCCGGUGAUCUAGAGACAAUCACGGUUGGUCGGGAGUAUUACACCACUAUCACGGAGAAAGGGAGCAAUGGAGCCCCUGUUACCAAGGUUGUUCGCGUCGACGACCGAACCACAAUUGUUGUAGGGCAACCAAAGGCUACAACCAUAACUCAAACCAGAGACGUACAGUCUCCUGUCACGAGGACAAUCCAGCCAGACAGUUCCGGCGGCGUUAGCACCAUUGUUAUCGAAGUCCCAGGGUCUACACCUGCAUAUAUAACAAUCACCCGCACCGGCAGCGUGACAGCCCCAGUAACAUCGACAGAACCUGCGCGUAGCUCAGGAGGAACUGGGACGGUUCACAUCAUCGUGCCUUCGGACCCUAUUCUAUACGCAACCGUCACUCGUGCUGGCACAGGGAGUUGGACCGUGACCUCGACGCAGCCGCCCAAACACCCAGGAGAGGCAGGGAUCGUAUACGUUGACACACCUGCCCCGCUGGGCAGAUACAACACUGUCACACGCUAUGGAACUGGCUCAACUCCGACGACGUUUACUCAGACUCCAAACGGGCCUGGUCGCGAUGGUGAAGUGGUCGUUGAGAUCCCAGUCACUGACGCUCACUUUAAUACAAUCACCCGAGUUGGCACAGUUACUGCCCCGACCACUAGAACGAUUCCUCCAAGCAACCCAGAUGGUACCGGCACGAUUAUAGUCGAGGUCCCUCCCGCACGCUGGGCUACUGUGUCUCAUAUUGGCAGCGUGACCGUACCCGUCACACACACGCUAUCUCCAACCCGCGCAGGCGACGAUUGGACUGUCGUUGUGGAACUACCACCUGUCAACACUCGUCUCAUUUACACCACUCGAUAUGGAGAAGUGAGCACCGCUUCAACUACGACCCGGUUCGACGGCUCCUCUAACACAGGCUGGGUAAUCGUCAAUCUUCCAAACCCCAUGACAACUACAGUCCGUGGCAGUGACAUCGACUCUCCGACGACGAUUACACAGGAGCCGACAAAUCCAGGAGAAACCGGGGUUGUGGUCAUAAUAACGCCAUAUAAGUACAUAACCACGACGAAAACCUGGACAGGUACAGGUACAGUAACAAUUACACAAAAACCCUCUGAUCCGAAUGGAGAAGGCUCUGUCAUUGUACAAGUCCCAGCAGACGCAACGGAUUACGUUACAGUAACUAGUCGCUGGACUGGGUCGACGACUCAAACAAGGACUGUCGCCCCUACCGAUCAAGCUGCGGGAACAGUCAUUGUUUAUACCCCUGAUGUUACCCCUUUUGUUACUGUUACCGAAUAUUGGACAGGAUCGACAAUAAAAGCCACAACGAUCCCUCCGUCUGUUGCUGGUGCGACUGGCACUGUCCUGGUACAGUAUCCUGAAGAUUCUCUCCACUACGUUGUCACCAGCGAGUACUGGACAGGCUCUGAAGUUCGGACGGUGACUAUCUCGCCGUCUGGACCUGGAGGUACUGGGACCAAGAAAAUAUUAUUCCCAACCGCUGCUAUUCGCUACAUUGAUACAUCUAAAACGUGGAGCGGACUGACAACUCACGUCUGGACAGAGUAUCCGUCCGGACCUGGAGAGACUGGAGUUAUACACCAUGAUGUACCAGCCAUACGUCUUGUCACUGUAACCAGUUAUUAUUCAGGGGCCGCCACCAGAACCUUCACACAAGAGCACUCUGGCUCUGAUAUAACCGACACUAUUGUGGUCGAACUGCCAUGGAUCACCUCCUGGACCACUAUUACGAGCACUGGUACGACGAGUCGUACAUCUACGCAAAUGCCAUCUGGCUCCGGCAGGCUAGGUACAGUUUUAGUUGAGGUGCCGCCUACUGCGAUUGCUUGGACUACAACAACGGUGAUAGGAAGCGACAGUACAACUCAGACUGUUACUCAGACGCCAUCAGGCCCCGGAAAGACAGGAACUGUGAUCGUUGUAGUCCCUCCUGUCAUCGUCACUUUGACAACAACUUGGAGUGGCACCACCACGACGACUACUACCAAGCAACCAGACUCGCCAGAUCAGACCAGAACCGUGGUUGUUUUCGUGCCCCCAAGCGUCACACCGUAUAUCACGACAACUUCUUUUGACAACACGAUCUCUGUGCCAUAUACUACCACCGUGCCACCGACGCGCAAUGGUCAGACUGGUUCAGUCAUCGUGGUGAAAACAGUGGUUUAUGUUACAACUAUUCGCUAUGGAAGUGUGUCAGCCUCCACCACGAGCACUCAAACCCCUGGAAGCCCUGAGGAGACUUGGACUGUGGUUAUCGAGAGGCCGCAACCAUUUACGACAAUAACCCGCUGGGCGACUUCUAUCUCGGUCCCCUCAACAACAACACAGACUCCUCAAAACCCGGGCGACCCAAUUACUGUUAUUGUAAGCCUUCCAGAGACUUUCACAACAAUAACUCGCUGGGAGACAAGUAUCUCAGUCCCUUCCACAACAACCCAGACCCCCCAGAGCCCUGGUGACCCAGUGACUAUUAUAAUACAGUCACCUCAGCCCGUCACAACACUAACCCGCUGGGCAACGAUUUCGGCUCCUUCAACCACGACACAAGCUCCAGCGAACCCGGGGGAUCCUGUUACUGUCCUUGUGAGCCUUCCCGAGACCUUCACAACAAUAACCCGCUGGGCAACUACUAUCUCUACCCAUUCCACAAUAACACAGACACCUCAAAAGCCUGGAGAUCCAAUUACCGUCAUCGUGAGUCUCAAGCAACCAGUCACCACAAUAACCAGCUGGGAACCUGCUAUCACAGCCCCCUCAACAACGACGCGGAUGCCUCAAACCACUGGAGACCUAAUCAGCGUAAUCGUAUUCUCACCACAGCGUUAUACAACAAUAACCCGCUGGGCUUCUACUAUUUCAGUCCCUUCAACCGCGACACAGACUCCUCAAAGCCCAGGUGACCCCGUGACUAUUAAUGUGCUCCUACCGCAGCCAUAUACAACGAUAACCCGUUGGGCAACUUCUAUCUCGGCUCCUUCCACGACGACACAGACUCCUGGGAACCCAGGGGAUCCAGUGACCGUCCUCGUGAGUCUGAAACAGCCCGUCACGACGAUAACCCGCUGGGCUUCUACUAUCUCGGCUCCGUCAACCACGACUCGGACACCUCAGAGCCCAGGUGACACAGUGACUAUUGAUGUACUGUUGCCGCAGGCCUAUACAACAAUAACUCGUUGGGCGACUUCUAUCUCGGUCCCCUCAACGAUGACUCAGACUCCUGUGAGCUCAGGGGAUCCUGUUACCGUUAUUGUGAACCUGAAGCAGCCUAUUACAACAAUAACGCACUGGGCUUCUACUAUCUCGGCUCCCUCAACAACGACGCAGACGCCCCAAGCUACCGGAGAUCCAAUCAGUGUCAUCGUCUUCUUACCCGAGAUCUAUACGACGAUAACCCGUUGGACAACAGUCUCAAUUCCCACAACGGCCACACAGACCCCUCAGAUCCCUGGGGAUCCAAUCACUGUGAUCGUCCAGCUGCCACAACCUUAUACAACGAUAACCAGAUGGGGAAGUAUCUCGGCCCCUUCAACAGCCACACAAACGCCUCAGAACCCCGGGGAUCCGAUUACCAUUAUAGUGAGUCUGAAACAGCCUGUCACAACGAUAACCCGCUGGGGCAGUGUCUCUGUUCCUUCGACAACAACACAAACCGCGUCAGAGCCAUGGGGAACAGCCACUAUCCUGGUUAAUCUCCCCGAUCCGUACACUACCACGACUCGUUAUGGGAGCGUUUCGGUGAGCAGUGUCACGACGCAAACACCAACUAUUCCCGGCCAAACGGGAAGGAUUAUCGUCGAUUUGCCACAAGCUUACAAGACUAUAACAAGAUACGGGAGCGUUACCGUCAGCAGCAUUACAACUGAAACGGUUGCCAAUCCUGGGGAAACGGCAACAGUAAUACUAGACCUUGUCCAGCCAUAUACGACGAUAACCAGAUGGGCAGCUACUAUAUCCAUCCCUUCAACAACGACACAGACUCCUCAAAACCCCGGGGAUCCGUUCAGUAUUAUUGUAAAUUUGCCCCAACCUUACACAACGAUAACCAGUUGGGGAGGUGUCUCGGUUCCCUCAAGAGAAACACAAACACCUCAGAGCAUCGGUGGAACCAUCACGGUAAUUGCGCACCUUCCUCAGGCUUACACAACAACAACCAGAUGGGGCAGCGUGACAGUCAGCAGUAUUACUACUGAGUCUGCGUCUGUUGAGGGUCAAGAAGCAACUGUGAUUAUCGAUUUGCCACAGCCAUAUACAACUGUGACCAGGUACGGCAGCGUUACAGCAAGUAGCAUCACGACACAGAUGCCGACAAUUGAUGGAGAGACUGCCUAUGUGUACAUAGACCUCCCGCAACGAUAUGCGACGAUCUAUAGGUACGGAGGCGUGACCGCCAGCGAGACUACCACCCAAGCAGGUACUAUGCCUGGGGACACCGAUACUGUCUACGUAGAUGUACCCUUCUCUACAACGACAGUAAUCGAGCUCUAUACAGGGACAUCCUUGAUCACAGGGCCAAUAGCUAUCUCCACCAUCCCAGCGUCCGGAUCGGUUCCUGCUACGGUAGUAAUGGCUACUCCGCCGGUGUUUUCAACACGUUUCUAUACAGGAACGAGUAUCCUAACCGGGCCGAUUACCGUGACCACUCUAUCUCCUUCUGGAAAUGAUCCGGCAACCGUGAUCAUAGAGAAACCUCCCGUGACCAUAACCCAAAGGUACUCUGGGUCUUCGACUGUCACCUUGACUACAAUUACGCCGACUGCGACAGAGGAUGGAACCGUUAUCAUUGGGAUUCCCUCUCUCCAACCUGUCACCAGAUAUCGCCUAUACUCGGGGACUUCUUCUAUCAAAGCUGCUAUCACGGUGACAACUAUCGAGCCCACAGAUACUAACGAUCCGGCAACUGUUGUUAUCGAGACACCACUUGUAACAAUCACGCGGCCAUAUACGGGCACAGAAGUCCUGUCUGGUCCAACGACUGUGGCUACUGUCUCAGGCACAGUGGUCGUCGAGACACCUCCAGUCUAUCUAACACGAUUUUAUACUGGAUCGAAUAUUCUCACAGGUCCAACUACAGUCUCAACGAUAUCCCCUUCGGGCACUCAUCCUGGCACAAUCAUCGUCGAGACUCCUCCCAUUACAAGUACAAGGUUUUAUACAGGCACGGAGAUCUUGUCGGGGCCAAUUACCGUAACUACUAUUACACCCACAGACACAGAACCGGGCGUCGUCGUGAUUGAAACUCCUCCAAUCACAAUCACCAGAUUCUACACAGGUACAGAGAGCCUGUCUGCUCUCACUACCGUCACCACAAUCACCCCGACUGGAACAGAAGCUGGCGUAGUUAUAGUUGAGAAGCCGCCUGUAAGAGUCACACGGUUCUAUACUGGUACAUCAGUAAUAACCGGCCAAAUAACUAUAACAACUAUCACUCCGACCGGUACGGAGGACGGGACUAUUAUUUAUGAGACCCCUCCUGUUACGGUGACACAGUUCUACACAGGAACCGACGUACUCACUGGUCCUCUUAUACUUACAACUAUUACACCGACCGGAACUGAACCAGGGACUGUGAUCCUUGCGACACCGCCAGUGACAGUCACGAGAUUCUGGACUGGGACCGAUGUUUUGACUGGCCCAACCACUGUUACAACGAUAACACCGACGGGAACUGAAGCAGGGACUGUGAUCGUUGAGACCCCUCCUGUGACCAUUACUCAGCGUUAUUCUGGGACUUCUGUCCUAACUGGGCCUAUAACUCUCACAACAAUAACCCCCACCGGUAAUGAAGAUGGAACAGUCAUAAUCGCCACUCCACCGCCGGCGACUGUGACAAGCACGCGACGAUAUACCGGCACAUCGAGUUUGAGUGGGCCCAUUACUGUAACAACACUCUCAGCGACCGGUGCAAACGAUGGACCGAUCGUGGUGAUCGAGACACCUGCACCUCAGCCGUCCACUAGCUAUCGCCAAUACUCAGGAACAUCCAGCAUCAAUGCAGCCAGAGCUGUAACCACCAUUGCGCCGACCGGCACAGAUGAUGGAGGUGUCGUGGUCGUGGAGACGCCAGCACCACCUCCAGCUUUCAGCUGUGACGAAGGAGGAUACCUGAUUCAAGUUCGAACUCUCUACAGGCUCAAUCUGGUCACAGGAGUCAAUUCUCUGGUAGCACAGAAUGUUGGACCCGGAGCUCCUUCAGGGACGACCAACGGCGGAACCAUUAAUCCUAUCGGUUAUAACAUCAAGGAUAAUCUCAUCUAUGGUAUUGUCCAGAUUGCAACUGGCAAGAGCCAAGUCAUUCGGAUUGGCUCCACCGGAUCAUAUACGCUGAUGAACACCUUCAUUGAUGGAACUAACAAAGAAUCAGCAUGGAACACUGGAGAUGUAGAUUCGGAUGGCAUCUUCUGGAUCUCAACGUAUGGAAAGGCGUGGGCGAAGAUCGAUGUGAACCCAACAUCUGCAACCUACGGCAAGGUUCUUCAACAAGGGACCGCGACGUCGGCAAAUAACUGCGCCGAUUGGGUAUCUGUACCUGGAGGAGGUCGCUAUCUAUAUGCUCUCCAAGGAAAUACAUCGAAGACUGUCCUGGCAAGAUGGAGCCUUGACACUUUCACGUGGGAGAUUAUAAAGGACUUCGGGCACAUCGCAGGUGAUAACCUUUGGGGAGCGGCUUAUUCGGUCGGUAAUAAGCUCAUGUAUGCUUCGGAAAAUACGUCUGGGGUCAUCUACCGAUUCAACGUUGAGACUGGAGAGAAAUCUCUUGUUAUUAACGGUCCGAAGACGUCGCAAAAUGAUGGAGCGCGUUGUGUGAACGCUUCGCCUCUCACAUAG